GUUGGAGUCUACAUUUGAACUUCGGGAUCCCGAGGCGAUCUGGGCGACAGGAGUCUGCUUUUAAUUGAAGGAAGCUGCUUCUACGUGGGAGUGGCAGGAAACGGAAGAAAACCACAUGGAAGACUCCCAGGAUUUAAAUGAACAAUCAGUAAAGAAAACGUGCACAGAAUCAGAUGUUUCAGAACCUCAGAAUUCCAGGUCCAUGGAAAUGCAGGACCUAGCAAGUCCUCAUGCUCUUGUCGGAGAUAGUGAUACUCCUGGUAGUUCCAAACUGGAUAAAUCUAAUCUCAGCAGCACAUCAGUCACUACCAAUGGGACAGGAGGGGACAACAUGACUGUUUUAAAUACAGCAGACUGGUUGCUGAGUUGCAACACUCCCUCUUCCGCAACAAUGUCUCUUCUUGCAGUCAAAACAGAGCCCUUGAACAGCAGUGAAACCACAACCACGACUGGAGAUGGAGCGCUUGACACUUUUACUGGGUCAGUAAUAACAAGUAGUGGCUACAGUCCCAGAUCAGCGCAUCAGUAUUCCCCACAACUCUACCCUUCCAAGCCCUAUCCACACAUUCUUUCUACACCAGCAGCUCAAACAAUGUCUGCUUAUGCAGGCCAGACUCAGUAUUCGGGGAUGCAGCAGCCAGCCGUCUACACAGCCUACUCGCAGACAGGACAGCCCUACAGCCUGCCCACUUACGAUUUGGGUGUGAUGUUACCAGCCAUCAAGACGGAGAGCGGGCUUUCCCAAACUCAGUCCCCAUUACAGAGUGGCUGCCUCAGCUACAGCCCAGGAUUUUCUACCCCGCAGCCAGGCCAGACACCUUAUUCUUACCAGAUGCCAGGUUCUAGUUUUGCACCAUCGUCUACCAUUUAUGCAAAUAAUUCAGUUUCCAAUUCCACAAAUUUCAGUGGCUCACAGCAGGAUUAUCCAUCCUACACAGCCUUUGGCCAAAACCAGUAUGCACAGUAUUACUCAGCAUCAACAUAUGGAGCGUAUAUGACAUCCAACAACACAGCUGACGGCACGUCAUCAUCAACCUCUACCUAUCAGCUGCAGGAGUCACUUCCAGGAUUGACUAGCCAACCAGGAGAGUUUGACACUGUGCAGAGCCCCUCCACACCUAUCAAGGAUCUUGAUGAGAGAACAUGUAGGAGUUCUGGGUCAAAGUCCCGAGGAAGAGGUCGGAAAAAUAAUCCCUCCCCACCCCCUGAUAGUGACCUGGAGCGUGUGUUUGUCUGGGAUUUGGACGAAACCAUCAUUGUUUUUCACUCAUUGCUCACGGGGUCUUAUGCACAGAAAUAUGGCAAGGAUCCUCCCAUGGCUGUAACUCUUGGACUCCGAAUGGAGGAAAUGAUUUUUAAUCUUGCUGAUACACAUUUGUUUUUUAAUGACUUAGAGGAGUGUGAUCAAGUGCACAUAGAUGAUGUGUCCUCUGAUGAUAAUGGGCAGGACUUAAGUACCUACAGUUUUGCAACUGAUGGCUUCCAUGCAGCUGCAAGUAGUGCAAACCUUUGUUUGCCAACAGGUGUAAGAGGGGGAGUCGACUGGAUGAGGAAGUUGGCUUUUCGUUAUAGAAGAGUAAAAGAAUUAUAUAACACCUACAAGAACAAUGUCGGAGGACUCCUUGGCCCUGCCAAGAGGGAUGCAUGGCUACAGUUAAGAGCAGAGAUUGAAGGUCUGACAGACUCCUGGCUAACAAAUGCACUUAAGUCUUUAUCGAUUAUUAGCACUAGGAGUAACUGUGUAAAUGUCUUGGUAACAACAACCCAACUGAUUCCAGCCCUUGCGAAGGUUCUGCUCUAUAGUUUAGGAGGUGCUUUCCCCAUUGAGAAUAUUUACAGUGCAACUAAAAUAGGAAAAGAAAGUUGCUUUGAACGAAUAAUGCAAAGGUUUGGCAGAAAAGUAGUAUAUGUUGUAAUUGGGGAUGGUGUAGAAGAAGAACAGGCAGCAAAAAAGCACAACAUGCCUUUUUGGAGGAUAUCAAGUCACUCAGACCUCUUGGCUCUACAUCAAGCACUGGAAUUAGAGUAUUUGUAACUGUGUUCUCUAGCAGGAGAUCCGUUUUUUAUAUUUCAAGUACACUGAAUUUUAUGUGUGAUCAAUGCCUCUGGCUCUACACAUAUAAAUUGUCUUAAAGGAUGAAAUCAUAUUUGGAAUGAAAAUUCCAGAAUGAAGAAUUCAGAUUGCUGAAUGGAAUUAAACUUUAGUGCUACCGAAAAGGAAACUCUAUGGUCUUACAACAUGUUAAUGAUUUUUAAAAAGAAAUCUGUGGAGGUUGCUGGUCUACACCAAAUGAGUUGUAACUGGAAUUAAUCGCUUUAGCAAAGAACUCCUACCCUGGCAAAGCAGCAACAUCCAUGCUCCGUCUGACAAGGUGGUCAACAACAUUCCUCGAAAUGGGAGAUCUUCUCAGCCCUGAGGUUUGAAUCUGACUUUAGCCUACCUAGCCCAGAAAAUCUGAAUUGGAAUGCACUCAGACUGUAUAGGACAGUCCUAUCUAGACCUGUAAUUUGUGUAAAUUAUUAAUGAAAAUAAUUUACUGUGACUUUAUUAGCAGCUGACUUUGAAAGUGGAUGCAAUUUUUCUUUCAUUUGUUGGGAAGGGGGCAGGGAGGGGAAAUGGGGAUAUAAUAUUGUCUCUUUUUUAAGUUUGGCAAACAGAAUGUUCAUACUGAUGUGUUGUGCCUUAAAGACAAGACAGCGUUUGUGUGUUACAAUGUAACUUUGGUUAAAAUCUCUGUAGAUAAUAAAAAAAAAAAAAUCUUGUGAUCACUCUUGACAUGACCAAAUUUAAAAUUCAAGCUAUCAAGCUUAAUCCUACAUCAGCAAGAAAAUGAGUAUUUGUUGCAAUAAGAAAACAACAAUGAUAAAGGAAAGCUUGUGUUUUAUUUGGGUUCUUAAUAAUUCCAAUAAUUGUAUGAGGCAACUAUUUGUGCAUCCAACCAUAAUCAGAAGGUUUGGGAAAGACUGUGGGACCUGUACUUAGAAAGUGAAGUGUAUGUUGAAGUCUCAAGUACCCUUUAUACAUUACUGGAGAAAACUAAUAACCAUAUUCAUAAUGACUUGCACAGCUUUGAGUCGGAGACUUUUGGAUAUGUGUAAGUUCUGUAGAGGAAGAUAUUUUCAUGCAAAUCAUAAGCAAUUAUCACCCAAACUCUUAGAAUAUGCCAUGGCCUUGGCUUGAAAUUCACAUUGUGUGAACAUGGCUUAAAAUAAAACUAAGUGUGUUUAUACUCAAUGCCAUUGCAAAAGAGAGAUGUCAUCAGUAACGGAAGGCAGAUGCCCCAGAUGGCUUCUAAGGAAAAAAAGUAAGUCUACAAAAAUUGUAGCUAGAAUAUUAUCAUAAAUUAAAUUAACAUGUGAACUGGAUCUUGGCAGCAUUACGGAAAUCACAGAAGUUAAAAAAAAGUACCUGGUUCUCCGCCCUAACACAUCAAUUCAGGAUCCCUCCAUUACAGUCGUGCAUACAUUUGUUUCUGCCUGUAGAGUUACUGCACAAUAGACUGUAUUCUUUGAAAGGAGAACCUGUCAUCGUGGGUUUGCAUGAUUUUUUUUUCCCUUGGUGUGUAGCCCAUGUUUGGAACACGAUCCAGGUUCUCCUGUCAUUUUCUAUGACAUGAAUUCCCUUGUGGAAAUUUAAAACUUCAAGAUCUAGAGUAUUUUAAUGGUGCCUGCACCUUCAGUUCUGUGUUUAAAAUGUGCAUUCUGCAGUCCAGCUACUACUCAGAACUCUUAACCAGAGGCCAGUCCAUGGUAGUUAACCACCUGAGGCUUCUCUGACUUCAACGAAGUCAGUGCUUUGCUCAAACAUCACAACAUUCACCAUGGGAAUAUGGUUUUAUUUCUUGAGGCUGUAAACCUGUAUUUUUGUUUUUGUUUUUGUUUUGUUUUGUUUUGUUUUGUUUUGUUUUUAACUGAUUGCUAAGUCCAUGUUUAUGUUGGGCAGAAAGACAUAGAGGUCCCAAUUUCGCAUAAGAUUGUUACUUAAACUUAAUUACACAAUCCUUAAACUUAUACUUUAAAUUUGUGCAGCUUCCAAAUACCCCUGCCCAAACACUGUUGCAAAUAAAUUGAGGUUGGAAUACUUUUAAUAAUAACAGCAAUAAUAAACCUUGCACUGUAUCGACCUUUAACUUGAAAAAAGCAGUUUUAAAAUUUAAAAGAGUUAUACUGAUUACCAGUACCUGAUUAUUUUGUGCACUAAAACCUUAAAUAUUUACUACUGUGAAUAAAAAUAAAAUUAUCUUAUAGCCGGUUUCUUUGAAUAAUAGAAUUGUGGCAUGGCAUUUAAAUUUUUCAUUCUUUUUUAUAUCAAACAAGCAAGGCAUCUUAUAUUGCUAACCCUGCAGGUACAGAAAGAAACAGCCUUCAAAGGGCAAAGAGCUGGUCAAUUGCAUCACCCACCCGCUCACCUAGUACUAUUUCUCGUACACAUCCUUUUUCUUGUUACAUCUUCAGAAGAGGCUGCCAGCAUAAAACUUAAAUGCUAGGUUGACAGAGAACAGCUUGUUUGGCACAACAAUGGUGCAGGUCAACAAGCCAACAUCACAUCAUGGUCAUGUGACUUUGUGCAUGCUCAAACUAGAAUUCUUCCCUUCCCACCUUAGGAACAGAAAAUCCUCUUCCUUCCUGACCUGAAAAACAAAAAAAUAGUCCAACGAACAAGAAAUCAGCCUCUUUGGCAGUUCCCGCAUUCUAUUUACAUACAGAAUACUUGUGCCUUAUUAUAAAUCAGUUUGAAGAAUGUCCCUUAAUGAAAAUGUGAUUUGGCUACUACAUACACAAACUUGGUAUAUUAUAUUGCUAGGAGGGAUAACCACCUUGUGUUGCACCUUAAAAAUAUCAAGAUUGUAAUUACAGAAAUAAAAUAGGUGGCCUCGUUACAAUACUAUAGCAUGCAAUUAAGACAUUGUACCCCUACAAAAUUUACAAAUUGAGUUUGGGGAUAAAAAUAUUUUAGAAUCAUGCAAUUUGUGCACAAAGAGAAGGUAAUAACUGCCUCUAAAAUUUUUGUUUUCAUUAAUCUCUGGUAAACUAAGAUUUAAAGUAGUGUCAACAGCAUGCUGCUUUAGGAAUUUUUUUUUUUUUUAGCAAAUUUGUUUAUGACAAGCCUACAUUCUCAGUGAAUAUGGCAUUUAGUAUUUCUUUUAAAACAAACUUAAACAUCAUGAGCCAAAGUUGCAUUUUGACUCCCAACUAUGGUAGCAUUAUGGAAAUCUCACAGUCUAAGUCAAAGGUUUCUGUUAUGUAUUAGUAAGGUAUAGAUUAUUG